AAAGUCAAAUGGGUGGGCAGGAAUACUUUGGUGAAUUCCGUCCUAACUUUUCAAUUCUCCUUAAAACCCUUGUUGAACCCCAAACGAUCUUGCAAAGACCCCCAAAGCCGCCAGCGGUUCUCCGGCAAGGAAAACCUCCUAUUCAACUAUGUCAGCUAAAUGGAGAGCUUUACAGCAUCGUCAUCGUUACACAUACAGUGCCGUAAUAUUCCCCAGAAGUUUCAUUGAAGCACUUCAUCAAACACCUUCUGUUCACUUCUACUCCGAACUAAAACAGUUCGUCUCCUUAAACUCUACAUACUCUCAGCUCAAUCAUGCUAAGAAACUCGCUUCGUCUUUCUCCGAAUUACUCUCAAAUGCCAACGCCGAUGAGUCGUCAAUUUCUACAGCUUCCAGAUUUUACUUGGAAAUUCUUUUGCUGGAGAAUUCACAGCCUCUGCAUAGAACUUUACUAUCUGUGCUUGUCAAGUGCAAUUACUUUCAUACCCCGAUUCAAAACUGUUUCCGUGAACUUUGUGAGGAAUAUGGCGAAAAUGGCAAGAGAUUUUGUGUUUCUAGAGCUGCAUUAUCUAUGAUGAGCACACCGAAGUUAGGGUACUUGGUGGAAAUUGUUGACGAGUGUGCAGUUUUGGUUGGUUUGAAUGUGCUUUUAGGAUUGAGCUCUGUAUUGGCAGAGAUCAAUGAUUGGUCUAGACCGUCACCAGUUGUUAUGGAACAGUGCCAGGAAGCUCUUUCUUGUAUGUAUUACUUGCUUCAACGAUUUCCUUUGAAGUUUGUUAAUGCAGGUUCCAAUGUUUUAGAGAGAAUUCUGAUUACUGUUUUGAGUAUUUUGAAAUCGGAAUCAUUUUCUAGAGAUUGCUUAGUAGCUGCAGGGGUGAGUUUUUGUGUGGCUCUGCAGGUUUGUCUUAGCCCUCAAGCGCUUGGAUUGUUUAUUAUGGGAGGAAUUUUUAAGGAUAGUUCCAUUAUGUUUUCUGAGUUCGCAUUGAAGGAUGUACUUGAGAAAAUACCAUUUAAGGGCAAUUUGAUUGAUGAAUUAAGUAAAUUUUCAUCCUUGAGCAGACUUUGCUUGGUUCGAGGUAUUUUAACUGCAGUCUCAAGGACAGUAUUGAAUACUGGGUUUGUUGUAUCAAAUGAUGGCUUUGGUAGUGUUAGUGACUCUGGAGAUAACAAGAAAUCAAUCAAAAUGAUCCUUUAUGAUGCAAUUUUGCCUGAGCUUUGUAACUUUUGUGAGAAUCCAAUAGACAGUCACUUCAGUUUUCAUGCUCUGACGGUGAUGCAGAUUUGCCUGCAGCAAGUGAAAACAUCAAUGCUAGAUAAGAAUGGAAGUCUUGAAGCAAAUCAUGAUCCCAUUUCUGAGGACAUCGGGACACGAUUAUUGCACAUAGUGUGGAAUAAUUUGGAAGAUCCUCUGAACCAAACAGUAAAACAAGUGCAUCUUAUUUUUGAUCUCUUCUUAGACAUUCAGGCCAGUCUAUACUGGGUAGAGGGUAGUGAUACAUUCAAUUUGUUCACGAGAAAGGUUGCUUUUGAUCUUCUUCGCCUGGGACCACGUUGUAAAGGAAGAUACGUUCCUUUAGCAUCCCUUACCAAGAGGCUGGGCGCAAGGACACUUUUAAGUAUGAGCCCAGAUCUGUUGUUUGAAACGAUAAAGGCAUACAUGGAUGAUGAUGUGUGCUGUGCUUCAACAACAUUCCUUAAGUGUUUCCUUGAGUGUUUACGUGAUGAGUAUUGGAGCAGUGAUGGUAUUGAAAAUGGGUACAAGAAAUAUAGGGGUCAUUGCCUGCCUCCACUUUUGUCGGGCCUAUCUUCUGGGCAUUCAAGGCUCCGCUCAAAUCUUAACACCUAUGCACUUCCAGUAUUACUUGAACUGGAUGUUGAUGCUAUAUUUCUGAUGCUUGCUUUUAUUGGCAUCGGAUGUGGUUUGGGUAAUGGUGAAGUAUCUCUUACUGAGCUGGAUUUUAGGGGCGUGUCUCCUUCUCUUGAAGCACGAGUGGCUGUUUUAGUUUCAUUGUUUAAGGUUUCUCGUUUACUUGCUUUGCUGGAAGGGGAUAUUGAUUGGUGCAAGGAUUCUUUGUUGUCUCUGGAAGACAUGAAUCAGAACUUGGAAAACAAAGAUGCUAUUGCCUGCAUUAAGGGGAUUGAAAUAAAAGUCCCAGAGAAAUAUCUGGUUUUGGCACUUACCCAUAUUGAUGAGUCACUUCGAAUUGAUGCAGCAGAAUCUCUGUUCAUAAAUCCAAAGACCGCAAGUUUGCCAUCAUCUUUGGAACUCAGUCUGAUGAAGGUAGCAGUUCCUUUGAACAUGAGAUGUUGCUCAACUGCUUUCCAGAUGAAGUGGACAAGCUUGUUUAGGAAAUUUUUUUCUCGGGUUCGAACAGCAUUGGAGAGGCAGAUUAAGCAGGGAAGUUGGCAACCUCUUGCAUGGAAAGACACAAGUAGAGAUUCCGUUGCUAAUAGAACAUGGGAUACGUUUGAAGACAGGGCAGAUGAACUUUUUAACUUUAUGAAGUGGCUGAGUUGUUUUUUGUUCUUUUCAUGCUACCCCUCUGCUCCAUAUGAGAGAAAGAUAAUGGCAAUGGAGCUUCUAUUGAUAAUGCUAGAUGUUUGGUCUAUUGUGCUUCCUUCAGAAGGAAAUAUUGAUGCUGUUUCUCCUGAAUUCUCUCUUUAUCCCUACAGUAAGGGGCUUCUUUUACCUGAAUCAACUCUAUUGCUGGUUGGAUCAAUUGUUGAUAGUUGGGACCGACUUAGAGUGAGUUCUUUUCGUAUUCUGCUGCAUUUUCCUACUCCUCUUCCUGGAAUUCAUAGCCAGGACAUGGUUAGUGAAGCAAUUGUUUGGGCUAAGAAGCUAGUCUAUAGUCCACGUGUCAGAGAAAGUGAUGCUGGAGCUCUGACCUUACGAUUGAUAUUCAGAAAGUAUGUUUUGGAACUUGGUUGGGUGGUUAACGCCUCAUCUAACGAUGUAUCUGCUCAACCACUGUCCAAGCUGCCAAGAGAGGAGAAUAAGGCUUGUACAUUUGCACCUCCAGCAAUAGAAUAUCUAAGAUCACUGAUUGAUUGGCUGGCUGCAGUAGUUCAGGAUGGAGAGAAGGAUCUUUCAGAAGCAUGUAAAAACAGCUUUGUUCAUGGUGUUUUGCUUACUCUUCGAUACACAUUUGAGGAACUUGACUGGGAUUAUGAUGCAAUAGUCUGCAGUAUAUUCGAAAUGAAAAUGGUAUUGGAGAAGAUUUUGGAGUUGGUCAUGCGGAUAACUUCAUUGGCCCUUUGGGUGGUAUCAGCUGAUGCUUGGUACUUACCUGAUGAUAUGGAUGAAAUGGGCAAUGAUGCUCUUUUGUUAGAGGAGGUUCCUUAUGAGAUUGAUGAGUCCCCACCUACCACAAACAAGGUACAAAAUACAAAAGUGGUGCAGGAGGGCAGACAAACUGAGCAGAUAGUUAUGGUUGGUUGUUGGCUUGCUAUGAAAGAGGUGAGCCUUCUUUUGGGAACAAUAAUAAGAAAGGUUCCUUUGCCUACUUCAGAUGAUUCAGAAUCAGGUUCCCAAGUUGUUCAUGAAACUGUUUUAUCCAAUAUGACAUCUGGCACAAUGCUUGAUGUGAAACAACUUGAGGUAAUUGGCAACCAUUUCUUGGAAGUCCUUUUGAAAAUGAAGCAUAAUGGUGCUAUCGAUAAGACAAGGGCUGGAUUUACUGCGCUUUGCAAUCGAUUGCUUUGUUCAAAUGAUGCAAGACUUUGUAAGUUGACUGAGUCUUGGAUGGAGCAACUUAUGGAACGAACAAUUGCCAAGGGGCAAACUGUGGAUGAUCUCCUAAGGAGAAGUGCUGGUAUUCCUGCAGCAUUUAUUGCUUUUUUCCUUUCAGAGCCACAGGGCACACCAAAAAAACUUUUGCCAAGGGCAUUACGGUGGUUAGUAGAUGUGGCUAAUAAGUAUUUAACAGAUCAUACUGAAGCAAACAGUUUCAGUGUCGAUGCCUGCAAUGGUUUUGUGGAGGCUGGUCCAGCUACUUUUCCUAUAAUUGCAUCUGAUAUAUAUGCUGCUGAAAGAAUCUCGAAGAUUCGAGAUGAGGGAGUUGUUCCUACUGUGCAUGCUUUCAAUGUCCUUAAAGCUGCUUUUAAUGAUACCAACCUAGCAACUGAUACAUCAGGUUUUUCUGCUGAGGCUUUGAUUAUCUCGAUACGUUGUUUCUCUUCUCCACACUGGGAGGUACGAAACAGUGCUUGUCUUGCUUAUACUGCCUUGGUUCGUCGCAUGAUUGGAUUUCUGAAUGUGCACAAGCGGGCAUCAGCCAGGCGCGCUAUAACUGGGCUUGAAUUCUUUCAUAGGUACCCUACCUUGCAUUCAUUCUUAUUUAAUGAGCUAAAAAUUGCGACGGAGUCUCUUUUGGAUGGAUCAUCUGAACAUUUAAGGUCCAACCUUGCUAAAGUUGUUCAUCCCAGCUUAUGUCCAGUCCUGAUUCUCUUAUCUCGACUCAAGCCUUCACCAAUUGCAAGUGAAGCUAGUGAUCCCCUGGAUCCUUUCCUUUUCAUGCCAUUCAUUAGGAAAUGCUCAGUCCAGAGCAAUUUACGUAUUCGUGUUCUCGCAUCCAGAGCUCUAACAGGUGUAGUGUCUAAUGAAAAACUUCCACUAGUCCUCCGAAAUAUUGCCUCUGAGUUACCUGGCACUGGGGAGCACGUUGUGAAUUCUGAUUCAUCUAUACCAUCAAAUAGAGUUAAUAGUUCUUUCAAUUCACUUCAUGGGAUGUUAUUGCAGUUGAGCUCUCUUCUAGACGCGAACUGCAAAGAUCUAGCUGAUGUUUCCCUGAAAGAUAACAUUCUUACUGAAUUAAUUCAUUUUCUUGCUUCACGCUCAUGGAUUGGGAGUCCGGAGCAAUGUCCUUGCCCAAUUAUUAACAGCUGCUUUUUGAAGGUGCUAGAUAACAUGCUGGGUGUUGCCAGAACAUGUCAAAUGAGCAAAAAUUUUGAUGUCAUUUGGGACCUCCUUUGGAGGUCAUCUUCAGAAUGUUUAGAUUUAGGAGUGGUUUGUGCACCAACAUAUUUUGAUCCAACUAUCUCAGAACUUCGGAAACAAGCUGCAUGUUCAUAUUUCAAUUGUGUUUACCAAACAUCUAAAGAAGCUGUUGAAGAGUAUCUGUUAGUACCAUCCAAAGGCCCUCCUGGUUCAAACCUAUCAAAGAUAUCUCUAAAUGAAAUUUCUUUCAGCAGAUUCAAGGAAAGGCUAAUACGUUCAAUCUCUGACACUUCAUAUGAAGUUCGGAUUGCAACAUUGAAGUGGUUUCUUUUAUUUCUGAAGACACCAGAAUAUAGUGAGAUAAAGAGAAGUUGCUUGGCCAGCAUCGAUCUCCAGGCCGCUGUGAUGAAACUUUUAACAUUGGACAAUAACCAUAAAUGUUUGAACUACAUUCUGAAGAUUAUCUACAGCUGGAGUUUGCAGGAGUAUCAGAAUAAUGGAGAAGAAUGUUAUCCUAAACUUUUUGGUGAUAUUGAUAGCGAGUCCGUGCUCCAGUUUUGGGACAAGGUGUAUUCCUUGUACAAGGUCACUAGGCAAUCUAAGACUCGAGAGAUGCUUCUUUGUUGCAUGGGGAUUUGUAUAAAACAAAUUGCUGGCUCACUAAGUAGUUCAGUUGUAGGCUUGCAAAAUGUCAAAGUUGGUGAAUUCAGCCACCAUGAUCCGUCGUCUAAAUUAUCUGUCUUUUACGAGUGCAUCAGCUAUUAUGUUGACCUAAUUGAACAAUACAGUGAUGCGUCAGAGCCUGCAAACAUGCGUAGGGUGGCUGCAGAGUCUAUGAUAGCAUCUGGCUUAUUGGACCAAGCUGAGGUUAUUGGUCCUUUAGUCUACAAUAACCAAAUUCCUGAUGGCAAUUUGUGUUCCUUUUUCAAGCAAGAAAUGAUGGUUAAUAUGUAUGCCCAUAAAGUCCUGGAUUUAUGGUUUUCAUGCAUUAGGCUUCUUGAGGAUGAAGAUGAGAGUCUUAGGAGGAAACUUGCCCUGGAUGUCCAGAAUUGUUUUACAUCUGAAAGUUCUGAAAGAAACUUCCUGACAGGAGUGGUCCCAAGCCAAGUAGAGCAAGUGAUCGAGAGGAGCUUCAAUCAUCUUUCAUCAAUUUUUGGUCACUCUCUUGACUACCUUGAUUUCCUUUGCCGGAGGGUUCUUGAUUCUGCUAACCAUGCUUCUGUUAUUUCCAAAGGAGAGCUUAUCAAAUGUGUCUUUGACAAGGAGAUUGACAACCAUCAUGAAGAAAAACUUUUGAUCUGCCAGAUAUGUUGUUCUCACUUGGAGAAGCUUCCAACCUCAAAGUUUUCAUCAGGUGAACCUGGUGACAUACAUGAUGUGAGGGACUUUUUGCAGAACUGGAGGAGGCAGUUUGCGCGGAAGUUAGUAUUAUUUGCCAAAGAAUAUGUUGCUGCACAGGGAGGAUUUGAUUGGAUUGGUGGGGUUGGUAACCACAAAGAUGCCUUCUUACCUCUCUAUGCAAAUUUACUAGCCUUUUAUGCUUUGUCAUACUGUAUUUUUAAUGGGAAACCAGAAGAUAGAAAGUUGAUGCUCCCUGAAGUUCAAGAAAUUGGUGAGGCCAUACAACCAUUCAUUACAAACCCAUUAAUCUCUAAUUUAUUGUUGUUAGUAGUUAAGUUGCACAACAAAAUGAUCGGUGAAGGUUCGUGUGAUUUGAGCCAAAAGACUACUGAUGAGUCAGCAUGGGACGCUUUUGAUCCUUAUUUUCUUUUAAGGUGAGAGACUUAAUUGUAUACUGCUAAUUGAAGUAAAACUGUUGUAAUGGUUGUGAUUCUUUUGUGGGAGUAUAACUAUGGUGAUCCCUAUUGAAGUAGAUCGUUUGAUGAUUGUAGUUUAUUUUACUGCAAUAGGAGUCCUUAUUUUGGCUAGCAUUCCCCCCUGAAGUUCUACUGUUGGUGUACAUUUAUUAAUGGAACUCCUCUAUGUAUGAGAUUUGAAGGACAAAAUAAGGGGGAAUUAGCAAUGUGAAGCAACACCAUUUAGGUCCA